AUGUCGAGUCAACCCCAGGGCUCCAACCCCGAGUCUGCUCACAACGAGUCGUCCGACCUCACCUUUAGCUCUGACAGCGUCGAGAGGGCCGGGCGACCGCUCAACCAGCAGCAGCUCGAGCACCUCGAGCGGGGGCGACCGCCAAGCUCCGAAUCGCAGGGUCCCGAAGCUGCCUUUCAGUGGCCGACGCCGCCGCUUGGCGCUCCCUCUACGUCGCCAGACGAGACAGAGGUGGCCGACCCACGGAACGACGUCGAGCAAUCAUGCGAGGCCGACCCCAACGAGGUGGACCUUGAGACGGCAGAUGCGGAUCCAAGCCUCGCCAGUAUGGCGAGACAGCCGCAGCAGUCGCUCUUCACGUCGCCGCCCGCCACCGGCGAUGGCAGCUCCGGCUUCGACGACAACGCCCCGACCGCCGCUCCUCCCGCUAAGCUUACUCGCUCUUGGACCUCUGCGGACACAUCCCAACUGGCUCCGGAGCGGCCGGGCAUCAAGCGAUCCUCGACGACAUGGACUCACCGUCCAGCUACGCCAGAGGCAGAGCUGGGAAUGUCGCACAUCAGCUUCCUUCCCGCGGCCCUAGCGCAGACGGUUCAGAUCCCGCUGAACUUGCUGCGAUCCUUGAUACCCCAUCCGCUGCUCGAGUCCCCGGCACCUGAAUCCCUUAGUGCCAGCGCCAUGCAGGUCCCCGUGGCCAGCCUCGGCGCACUGCUCGAAGCCUGCCAGGCUCUCGACUGGGUCAGCAAGCGAACCCUGAAUCUCGUGGGGGACACCCUCGGAGAGAGUGUGCUCACUCGGCGGUCCUCGGUCGGCGGAGGGAAGUCACCAUACGACAUGCCUCUCACCAACCGGGACUUUGACCUUGCUGCCAUGAUGCAGAAGGUGGCAGACCUGGUCGGCGGUAUCGCUGCUGCUAAGGGCGUUGAUCUGGUGAUCGGCCUGCAGCCAGACGCAAAGGCGGCGUCGGACUCAGCAUCGCUCGAUUCGAUGCUCGAAUGCUGCAUCUGGUCGGAGCCGGACGCCACCAAGUUCCUCUUCAUGUCGUGUUUGGCCAACGUCAUCCAGUCCGCCGCUCCGCAUUCGACGCUGGAGAUCGACUUCAAUCUUCAGCGCCUCGAAGGGACCGUGCCGAAGCAGGACGGACAGCCCGAGGUGCCCCUCGUACGCUCCACCGUCAGCUUCACCCUGACGCCGCCGAUGGAGGCCGAUAUCGACGACGAGCAGCGAGACGCUCUCAAGGACGAGUUCAUCGCCGCUCUCGUGGACAAUGUGGGCGGAAGCCUGCAGACCGAAUUCCGAUCGGCGAUCCGGACCACCGGUCCCGCUAUGCCCGUCCCACGGGCUACGACCAGUCUGCGGCACGAGAUUUCGAUAUCUGGCGGCCAAGGCGCGCCCCCACCGUCGCCUUCGAUGGCGGACACAGACGAUCAGGCAAGACAGAGCGUCAGCGCGCCGACGACACAGGAGCUGCUCGAUUUCGCCAAGGACUUGUCGGGACACAAGGUCGCUUUCCACGCCCAGCGCAACAGCCCCUUUGCAAGCCAGCUGACGGGCUUGCUAUCGACGCUGGGCUGUCAGGUCUCCUAUGUCGGCUUGAACACCCAGAACCUCGGCUCGCCGGGGGAGAGUGAGGGCCUGCCCGGUCCACAGGUCAAGACUGCGGUCGCGCUGACCAACGGACGACCGGCCCUCGUCAGCUACAAGAGCGACCUCGACGACAUCGGCGCGAGCAGCGGGGCCGCCAAUGCUGGGGGAAGAGGUUCCCUGCAGUCGGAGACACCUUUGCCUGACGACACAGCCGUGCUGGAUCCGGUGACUGGCGUUCCUGUCACAUUCGUCAACCGGCUUCCCGCAGCUUUCCGGGCCACUGCGAGCGACGCACAGUCGGGGCCGAACUCUUCCGGCAGACCAAGCAUAUCGGAAGGGCCACCGAUAUCUCGAGUGGAGCCCUUCAACUUUGUCAUCAUCGACGACGACAUCGUGACGUUGCAGAGGGAGCUGCUGCGGCUGCGCUCCGCCGUCCCGAUGCUGCGCUCCUCGCUCAACGCCAGCCGUCAGGCGAGCAGGCCUAGCCGUCCAGCACUUGACCAUCGAACAAAGUCAAGUCCGCAGGUUGAGCGCGUCAAGGCCCAGCAUCCGAUGAGCGUGCCCUCGCUCGGAUCGGUCGCAGCCUCGAUGGGAAGCAACGAGGAAAGCGUCUCGCAGGUCAUCAUCUUCUUCACCAGCCUCAGAUCCUAUCGGCUCGUCCGCGACACGGUCCAGCCCAUCAUCGACUCGGCGAGCUUCUCGGGUGGCGCUCCGCCCCCAGAAGUCAUGGUGCUACCGAAGCCGGCCGGUCUUCGACGGAUCCUCACCGCGCUGUACGCUGCCGAGCACAAACCGAUGGUCGACGCUCCGUUCCUGCCGAUCGCCACCAGCCCGAUCUCGCCUUCCUUUGUUCGGGGCAGGUCCUCGUGGUGGGACUCGGAUGGCGCAGGGAACGGCAACUUGAUGACGCUAGCGCGGCAGCAGAGCGACCUUCAGAGCCCCUCCAACCUUUGGUCACCGGCGCCUUCUUUUCGCUCGGGCGAGCUCGAUUCGACGCCCUUUCUCGAUGCCCAUCUGGAAGACGCCGUGCCUGCGGGUCGCGAGAGCGAAACACCGGAUCCGGGCGGUAGCGGCCGCAAUCUGAGCCAGGGGACAGCCUUACCCUCGGAGCAACUGGGGUCGAAGCUGGAAACCGUGCCGAGGGACUCGCGGUCCGGGACUCGUUCCUCGUCCUCGGCACCAGGGACAGCGUCGCGCAGCACAAAGACGGAGGCGGACUCGUCCCGACCCGCUCCGGCAUCAACGUCGGUCUCUGCACCGGGCUCCAAUGCCUCGAACCAUACGGCACGGUUUCAGAAGAGCAGCCUCCCGCACAGUCCGCUGCCUCCAGACGCGCUCGAAUACUUCAGCGAGACCGCCGCCAAGAUGGGUGGCAGUGGUGCUAGCGGCAUGGUCAUCCAGAGCCCGGACGGUCGGCCGGCCGGCAUCUUCUUCCAGCCCAAAUCGAGCAGCUCAGUCUCGUCCUACGGAGCCUCGACGCCCGGCUCCUUCCGUCGCACCAACAGCUCGACCAAGCCAGCGUCACUCUCUGGCGGAGCACACGUCUCGAAAGCAGGGUCAGAGGCCUCUGUGUCUGGGCGCGCUGCGGGGCAGAAGGACGGCCUGCCUCGCUCCAUGUCUGCCGGCAUAUCGGGCCUGUCGAGGAUGACGGGCGAGGCGGAUGUAUCCUCCGGAGCUGCCACUACCCGGCCCCGUGCUGCCACCUCGCGAUCCUCAAAGUCGUCGGGCUUGAUCGAUUCGACGCAGUCGUCGGCGUCCAGCUCUCGCUAUCCAGCAGGAAGUAUCUUUGCCCCUCAGGUCGGCAUCCAAAGCGUCCUCAGCGGUUCGCGGCCUCCCAUGGCCACACCGCUGAACAGCAAUUCGUCGGUUGUGCCGGGCGGCUCCGGCACGACUGACGUUCAAUGGACGCCGGGCCUCGCAAAGACGUCUGCGGACAUGGCCUCCGGAACCGAUCGGCAGGAGGCCGCUGCUGCGCCCCCGCCUUCAAGACAGGCCCGGAAGCCCUCGACCACGACCAAGAGCGAGACGUCGGCCAAGUCCGGUACUUCGAAGCGUUCGCCGGCAACGAAACAGGCGGCGCCGUCGCCAGUCUCGACAACCGGCACACCGCCUCGUAAGAAGAUUGUCAAGAGCUCCUCGUCGAAGGGUGGCCCGCCAGCGCUGAAGGUCGCACAGGCCACGCCGCCAGCCAAGGCCUCGUCCCGCUCGGACGUGUCGGCGCCAGCCUCGCCCGUCGUUGGCACUGGUGCCAAUGGCGGGGCCUCGCGCACGGUCGCCAACAAGCUCAUGGCGCGGCAGACGUUCGCAGCCGCCACUUCGCCUGCGGACACCAAGCGGCCGAGCGCGCAGCCGCAAAGCGGCUUCAUGAUUGGCAUGGGCUUUGCUCCAACGGCCCGCCGAGGGACUGGACCGAAAAAGGCGCCCGUCAGAGAGGCAGUCUUGCCGCCGAUCAAGGUUCUGAUCGUCGAAGACAACCCUAUCAACCAGAGGAUUCUGUCCAUGUUCAUGAGCAGGCAGAAGAUCAAGUACGACGUGGCGACCAACGGUCGAGAGGCGGUAGAGAAGUGGCAGACGGGCGGCUUCCACUUGAUCCUGAUGGACAUCCAGCUCCCCGUCAUGGACGGCAUCGAAGCGACAAAGGAGAUCCGCAAGCUGGAGCGAUCGGCCAACAUCGGCAUCCUCCCGAACACGCCGCCGGCGAGCAGCGUGCAUUCCGGGUCCACCGCCUCGUCGGGUUCGUCACGCAAGGGCCUGGUCCCUGCUCCGCUCAACCCGUCGCCGUUCCGCGCGCAGGUCAUCAUUGUCGCGCUCACCGCCUCGGUGCUUUCGUCGGACCGGGUCGAGGCGCUGGCGGCGGGAUGCAACGACUUCCUCAACAAGCCCGUCUCGCUGCCCUGGCUCAACCAGAAGAUCCUCGAGUGGGGCAGCAUGAUGUACCUCAUGUACUCGGGCCUAUCAGACGAGGGGUCGACGGCGCUCCACCAGAAGGACGCCGCGAGCAAGGCCCAGGUGCACCUCGGAUUCGGCUACGGACCCGCAGAAAAGGCAAAGGCGCUGGCGAGCAACCUGCAUAUCGGCGCGGGCCUCGGCAAGAAGAAGAAGAAGCCAAUCGAGAGUGCGCCCGCGACGGCGACGGCUGCCGCUGCUGCUGCGGCGGCGGAUGCAGAAUCGAAGCCGAGGGCGGAGGGCGAGCCUGUUCCGAACGCGUCGGAUGCCCGAGCCCCGUCGGCGGCGGCCCUCGCAGCGGGCGUAGACGAUGGUACCGGAGUGACGGCCGCGGCACCCGAGGUGGCGGAAGCGAUGCAGCAGCAGCAGCAAGAGCAGCGAGCGGCCGCCCAACCGACCUCGCCGUCCGCGCGACCUGCCUCACCAUCCGACCGUACCACACCGCCUCCCGACCCACACGAACCGGUCGAACCGGCGCCCGUCUAG